UCUGUCUCACUAUCAGGCUGCUGCUACUCCCCUCUCCACCCUCCGCUUACAGAUGGCUGCUGUAAGAUUGCUCCUGUUUUUGCCUCUAGCAUCUGUUUCUGCAGCGCUACAGAUGGGUUUGCAAGUGAAGCUUUGGGAUGAUGUCACUCUCCAGUGUCAAAUUAUCACAGAUGAAAGAAUCUCAGUGUUGAAGUGGAGCAGAGCUGACCUGAACACAGACGGCUACGUCUACUUCUACAGGAACAACCGCUCCUAUGAAAACUACCAACAUCCAUCUUUUCAUGGAAGAGUAAAGCUGAAGGACCCGGAGAUGAAGGAUGGAGACGUUUCUCUGAUCCUGAAGAACAUCACAUUUAAUGACACUGGGAUGUAUGAGUGUCACAUAGCAGUGAGGAACCCUGUGAGAAAUAAAAGAGUUCACACUGAGAUCAGUCACUUCAUCAACCUCACAGUCACAGCUCUACAGCAGAAUAUGCAGGCGACGCUCGGAGCAGACGUCACUCUCCAGUGUCAGAUUACUACAGAUGAAAGAAUCUCAGUGGUAAAGUGGAGCAGACCUGACCUGAACACAGACGGCUACGUCUACUUCUACAGGAACAAACGCUCCUAUGAAAAUUACCAACAUCCAUCUUUUCAUGGCCGAGUGAAGCUGAGGGACCCGGAGAUGAAGGAUGGAGACGUUUCUCUGAUUCUGAAGAACGUCACGUUUAAUGACACUGGGAUGUAUGAGUGUCACAUAGCUGUGAGGAACCCUGUGAGAAGUAAAAGAGCUCACACUGAGAUCAGUCACUUCAUUGAGCUCACAGUCACAGGUGAGUUUGUCAUGCCAACAGCAAAUGGAGUGCGUCCAUAAUGUCGUAGUUAGCAUGUUCACUUAGCAAGUUCAAGCCCAGGUGACACAAAACCUUUGGGCUUUAGUCAGCAAAAACAUAUGUGUGUUUAGUGUCACAUGUCAGAUAAAACAUGCUGAGCUGCUCACUCUGUUGCGCGUAGCUUUAAUACAGAAAAUGACAUGCACUGAGCUAGCAGUUCUUACUACUGUAUAUCAAGGGUAAAGUCGUAGCAUGCUGCUAACAUAGAUGCUUUCGGUCAACAGUCAAACACAUUUUAUGUAACUUGACAUCUCCUUAACUGCAGCUGACUGAAGCUGUUCUCCUGCUAGCUUUACCUGCUGAACACGUUAAAGCUCACA